AUGUUUCUCACUAAUAUUCUACUGAAGAAAGCAAAGAGCAAGAACAUCCUUGUUCUCAUGGAAAGUGCGGUCAGCGGCCAUCAGUUUACGACCAUACGGGAACGGCUUGCCGAUAAGCUGGAGCUGCAACGGUUCGACCCAUACAUUCAAAGGAUGUCUCUCUAUCGGGAACGGAAGCGAAUUCGAAGCUUAAACUGAUUGCCAGCAGAAGGAAAGCGUAGCAUUUCAUUCGUAGAAUGUACUGUAAAUGAGUAGAAUAAGUUCACUACACGUGGAAUAAACCUAUGUCUUGCACACCCUUUAAACUCUCAUAGGGCUCACGCCAGAAACAAACACAUUGUUGCUGAAUUCAACAAAAGAUCACAUAUUAUGUCUUAUGCUCUAUCGAUUCAGAGAAAAAUGUGAUACCAAUAUCAAACAUAAGAAAUUGUCAACAUGGAUACCAUAGACAUGCAUGUAUCCAUGGAUACGUUACAGUGGAAACUUACCACACGUGGUGUUAGAAUAUCUCGAAAAACACCCAGUAG